AUGGUCCCUGAGAACCCGAAGUCGGGCACUUCGCUUCCGCUUCAGAAGACCGGAAUGCAGCGGAUGCGUGAGUGCCUCUCGGCCCUCGAGACGGGCUUGGUGACAGUUAUCAGCGGUCAUGUGGAGCCUUCUGGUGACCAUGCAGAUCGCUGCGGUCUGCUGCAGCAGAAGCAACAGCUGAGCUCCCAGAUGGAAACCCUCAGGGCCACCAUGCGGCAUGUGCAGGAAGAUGGGGAGCACUGCAGCAACGAGGCUCGACAGUUCGAAGCAGAAGGGGCCCUGGACUACAUCAAGGUGGCAGCACAGCGCGACAAGCUCCAAACGCUCCGAGAGCAGAUCCGAAGAUCCAAGCUCCAGGCCGCCGAACAUCGUCGUGCAGAGCGGGAGCUGCGAACCGAGGUGGACCGUGCGAAGGCCACUUUUCAGGAAGUGCUGUCUGUGGAGUCCGAUGUGCAGGCGGCGGUGAGGAACGAGAUCGGCCAGCUGCAGCAGGUGGUUCAGGAUCUGACCACGAGGAUUGACGCCAAGUCGGCGGAGAUAGAGCGCUUGGAGCGAGCCAACGAGUGGGCGGCCGCUGAGGCAGCCGGACAAGGGCCUCCAAUUGAGGGUUUGCCUGAAAAAGUUGCCAAAGAACAAAGUGAGCGCUGCCAGCCAGCGCUGGGUGGCACUCUGCGCAGCGCGGGAGCUGUCCGUGCAACAGGGCGUCGAGGCACGAAAGAGUGA